AAGGUUGGGGACCCCUGCUCUAACCGAUUAAAUCUCCUUCUUGCUCUUUCUUCUCUCUUCCUCUAGCAAAUCUCCUCCGGGCAACUGAGUCUGGAAGACCUUUUAGAGAUGUCAGACGAGCAGGUCUGCAAGACGGUGGAGAAAUUUGGGGCGAAUUGGGAAGAAUGCGCCCGACUCAACGCCUCUCUCUCCUGCCUCCGGAACGUGUAUAAGUCAGGAGGUAGUCUUUCCAAACAAGAUUGGACCAUCCAGUGGCCGCCAACGACCGAGACCAGCAAAGAAAACAACUCCAUGUGCCAAUCCGAAUCCAUGCAGUGGAUCCGAACUCACCUCUCUCUGAGCCCCAAGCCUAAGUCCAAGUGCAUCCCACACUUCUGCCACCCAACGCUGUCCCACGAGCUUGUCUACACGCACACGGACAGGCUAACCGUGGAAGGUUUUCCGGGACUCUUCCCUCCGCUGGAAUCCGGCCACCGCUCCUUGCCCCCUUCCCCACGCCAGCGGCAUGCAGCCCACACCCCGCCCUGCACCCCGAAUAUCAUCACCACCAUGACAGCUCCAGGGACACCGCCGGUCAGGAGGAGGAACAAAGGGAAACCCCCGGGGACGCCGCCCCCUUCGUCUCGGAAGCUGAUCCACCUUUUCCCGGGCUUCACCGUCUUGCAUCGGAGCAAAUCGCACGAGUUCCAGCUGGGCAAUCGGGUGGACGAGUCUCACACCCCCAAGGUCAAGAAGAAGGAUAAGCCCCUGAACCUCAAGAUUCACAACAGCGUGGGGAGCUGUGAGAACAUCCCCGCACAACGCUCUCCUCUCCUGUCCGAACGGUCCUUGAGGUCCUUUUUCGUCGGGCACCCUCCCUUCCUUCCUUCCACUCCUCCGGUCCAUACGGAUGGCAUGUUCUCCACAAAUACACUCUCAGUACCUCGCUGGUCCCCCCAAAUUCCUAGACGGGAUCUUGGAAACUCAAUCAAACACAGGUUUUCCACAAAGUAUUGGAUGUCUCAGACAUGCACCGUCUGUGGGAAAGGAAUGUUGUUUGGGCUGAAAUGUAAAAACUGCAAGCUAAAGUGCCACAACAAAUGUACCAAAGAGGCCCCACCGUGUCACCUGCUGAUCAUCCACCGUGGAGCAAGAUUAGUCCGGACAGAAUCUGUGCCAUGUGAUAUCAACAAUCCAUUGCGGAAGCCCCCCAGAUAUUCAGAUCUGCACAUCAGCCAGACGCUUCCCAAAACCAACAAAAUCAACAAGGAUCACAUUCCAGUGCCCUACCAGCCUGAUUCCAGCAGCAAUCCCUCCUCGACGACGUCGUCCACCCCUUCUUCACCAGCUCCCCCCCUGCCACCCAGCGCCACGCCGCCUUCGCCCUUGCACCCCUCCCCGCAGUGCACGCGGCAACAAAAACAGUUCAAUUUGCCAGCUUCUCACUACUACAAGUACAAGCAGCAAUUCAUUUUUCCAGAUGUUGUGCCAGAGGUGCCCACAAGACCACCUCAAGUUGUCCUCCAUCCAGUGAAUUCAGACCCAAUCCGAGAAGGGAAUCCAGUACUUCAAAUUGAAGUGGAGCCAACCUCCGAGACCGAACAGGGAAACGAUGAGGAGUCCGAGGACGACUUUGAGGAGAUGAACCUCUCCCUCCUCUCGGCUCGUAAUUUCCCCCGGAAAGCCAGCCAGACCAGCAUCUUCCUGCAGGAGUGGGACAUUCCUUUCGAGCAGCUGGAGAUCGGAGAGCUGAUCGGCAAGGGCCGCUUCGGGCAGGUUUUCCACGGCCGCUGGCACGGUGAGAUCGCCAUCCGCCUCAUCGACAUCGAGCGGGACAACGAGGACCAGCUGAAGGCCUUCAAGCGGGAAGUCAUGGCUUACAGGCAGACGCGGCACGAGAACGUGGUGCUGUUCAUGGGGGCCUGCAUGAGCCCUCCCCACCUUGCCAUCAUCACCAGCUUGUGCAAAGGACGAACCCUCUACUCGGUGGUGAGAGAUGUCAAAAUCGUCCUGGAUGUCAACAAAACACGACAGAUUGCUCAGGAGAUUGUCAAGGGAAUGGGCUACCUGCACGCGAAGGGAAUCCUCCAUAAAGAUCUGAAAUCCAAGAAUAUAUUCUACGACAACGGAAAAGUGGUGAUUACAGAUUUCGGCCUCUUCACUAUCUCUGGAGUUCUACAAGCGGGCAGGAGAGAGAACAAACUACGGAUCCAGAAUGGUUGGCUGUGCCACUUGGCACCAGAGAUCAUCCACCAGCUGUCACCCAAAACGGAAGAAGACAAACUACCUUUCUCCAAGCAUUCGGAUGUCUUUGCUUUUGGAACCGUCUGGUAUGAACUGUACGCCCGGGAAUGGCCAUUCAAGACCCAACCAGCCGAGGCAAUAAUUUGGCAAGUGGGCCGAGGGAUGAAGCCGAACCUCAGCCAGAUCGGCAUGGGGAAGGAGAUUUCAGACAUCCUUCUCUUCUGUUGGGCCUACGAGCAGGAGGAGCGACCCACGUUCACCAAACUCAUGGAGAUGCUGGAGAAACUGCCAAAGCGGAACCGCCGCCUGUCCCACCCUGGCCACUUCUGGAAGUCAGCAGAGCUGUGAAAUCAGAGGAUUGGUGCCUUUCUUACGUCCCUCUUCCUUCCCUUUCUCCAUUUCCUCUGUCCUUGUCCGUAGACUGGAAGGGUAUGGCCGACUUGGAAAUGUUCCGGGAUCAAAGAGGUGCUGUCUCAUUCCCGCCACCUUUAGAACAACAGACCUGAGGUCUGGACGGCGAGAGGAAACUCAAGCGCGUUCUCAGGAGGACGGAAGAACGGAAAGUUCCUCGGUGCGGAUGGAACGUAGGACGGAGGACACGAAGCAGACCAGAGUCCGAACGGUAGCCCUCCUGCUAAGCGGUCUGGAAACACCUGACGGCCAGCAGCCUUGAGAUACGUUCCCACGGGAAUAUCUGAGGGCAACUGUGAGCUACCCCACUUAGAAGCCAUUUUGCAUUAGUGGAUGCUGAUAUUUCUCUCUCUCUCUCUCUCUCUUUCUUUCUCUCUCUUUCUCUUUUUGUUGUAUGGUUUUCUUUGGUUGCUUUACUUGGACUUCCUCUUUCAUUGCCUGCACGGUGGAGAAAGGAGAAGGCUGUUUCAGCAGCCCCAGCUGUCCAGAGCAAGGAGGGUGACUUUUAACAGGACCCCCACGGACGUGCUCUUAAAACGGGGUUAGAUCGUUCCAGCGGUGCUUUUCCAAAAAGGCAACUUGGACUUUCUUUGCAAGUUUUUUUUUUUUCCUGUUCUGAUCAGAAAUGGAUGAGAAGCGAAACGUCUUUUAAAAAACAACAACAAGGAAGUCCAGUUGCCUUUUCGAAAAAAGCACCUUUGAGACAAACCGUGAUCUGGAUGGCUGAGAAUCUCCAUAGACCAUGGCUUAGAUCCCUCCUCAAAUUGCUUUUCCCGGGCUGCUCGUAAAACAGUCCCAUCAAGGCAGGCCAGAGAAGGAAUUCUGAAGAGUAUCGAGGGAGAGCUUCAUUCUCGAGUAACCUUCACGCGGUCAAGAGUUUCCUCCAACUUUCCUUCUGGGUUCAACGACGAGAGAUAGAAACUUCACCCUUUUAAAAAAAAAAAAAAUCCCCCCCCCCCGUAUCUGGCAACUCUCACCGGGGUGGGGCUGAAUUUCUCGAUGCAGAUCGGAGAUUUGACAUCAAAGCUUAACCUGCUGUUAACAGCUGCCAAUUCUUGGCUUUCGUGUUCUUUCGGUGCCUGAUGCUUUUUAUGUUAUUUUAUUUUUUAUUUUUUUUAUUUGAUUUAUAUGCCGCCCUUCUCCGGAGACUCAGGGCGGCUUACAAUGCGUUAAGCAAUAGCCUUCAUCCUUUUGUAUAUUUAUACAAAGUCAGCUUAUUGCCCCCACAAACUGGGUCCUCAUUUCACCUACCUUAGAAAGGAUGGAAGGCUGAGUCAACCUUGAGCCUUGGAGAGAUUCGAACCAGCAGUAAAUUGCAGGCAGCUGUGUUAAUAACAGGGUGCUUAGACCACUGUACUAUCAAGGCUCUUUUUUCCUUUCUUUAUGGCCCUUGCUGCAUUCUUCUGUUCCUCAUUCUCUGCACGUCUCUUGGGCGAGGCGUGUGAAAACACUCCCUAAAUAUUGCAUUAAUUUACGGGGGAGAAAGUCGGGUUUUUUUCUCUCCCCCCCCCCACCUAGGUUUCCUCAUUGCAAUGGGUAAAAUAGCAAAAAAAAACAAAAAAAAAACCCACUUCCACAUUCUUGCUCCGGUCACCCUGUAGCCUGCCUCCAAAAAGAAUAUUGCAGGGUCUAAUCUCAUCACAUCUCUAUUUCUUGUAAAUCCCGACUUUGAGCUUUGAAGGAGUCGUGUCGGAAAGAGAUUUGAUGGGUCUGCUUGGACCUGUCCGGUUUCCUUCCUUCUGAGCCGAGACAUUCUUGACACUUUACAUGACUUGCCUAGUUGCCUGAAGAGCAGACUUCUCCUUUUUUUUUUUUUUUCCCAGCUCCAAAGUUCACGCACGUUUGUUGUCAAUGUCAGGAGGUCUUCCUCUUCUCUCCUCCAUCCCCCCCACCACCACCCCCCGGCCACAUUUUUGUCAUGCUGGGCGUGGGCUGCACCUUCCAAGUAUUCUGAGCUCUUCUUUUUCGCGAGGCAAUUGCAGUGUGAGAUCAGAAAACCAGGAUGAUCAGUUUCGUCCAGGGGUGGGCUCCAAAAAUUUUAGCAAGGGGUUCUCUGCCCAGUUGCUAGGUGGGCGUGGCCAUGGUGGGCCUGGCCUAGUCGGCCUCCUGCACCACCGCUGGGGGGGGUGUUUUUGCCCUCCCCAGGCUCCAGAGGCUUUUCUGGAGCCUCUGGGAGAGUGAAAAAAGGAAAUUAAAAAGGUUGAGCUUUACAGACUUGGCUGUCCCAGAUUUUAAGAGCCAUGUCAACUCCAAGAGUUUCUGACACUGGCCAGGAGUGGGAUUCAGCUGGUUAGGACUGGUUGGAUGCCAGAUAAGUGCAGGGACUGCACAGAGGCUCUGGGACGGCAAAAAACGGGUCUACCGGAAGUACCAGAAGUCCAGAAAUGGGCCUGUUUCCGCCAUCCGAAGGGCCUCUGGAGCCGGGGGAGGCCAUUUUCGUCCUUCCAGAGGUUCGAGGAAAGCCUCCGGAGCCUGGGGAGGGUGAAAACACCACCACCCCGCUGUGGUGCGGGAGGCCGAAUAGGCCACGCCUACCCUAUCCACGCCCACCCAGCAACCGGGCAGAGAACUGAUUGCUAACAUUUUUGAAUCCCACCCCUGAUGCUGGUUUACCCAGUUCUCCAGCUGUCGUGACGCCAAGUAGAUUUUGAUCGUUGCAAAUGCAAUUUCUGUAGGUUUAGUUGAAUCUCCUGAAAUGGGAGAAACGUUCCUUAGGCUUCCCAGCUUGGCAAAGUGGCAUCGCAUGUUCUCAUCGUCGUGGGAGAUCUCUUCUUGAAAGCCUCCAGGGAUGAAGCUCCCACAACUUCUGAAGGCAGCUUCUGUUCCUUCGGUUGAUUGUUCUCACUGUCAGGAAAUUCCUCCUUAUUUCCAGGUUGAAUCUCUCCUUGUUCAGUUUCCAUCCAUUAUUCCUUGUCUGGCCUUCGGGUGCUUUGGAGAAUAGCUUGACCCCCUCCUCUCUGUGGCAGCCCCUCAAAUAUUGGAAGAUGCUAUCCUGUCUCCCCUGGUCCUUCUCUUCACUAAACUAGCCAUGCCCAGUUCAUCGAAUGUUUUAGCCUCCAGUCCCCUCAUCAUCCUGGUUGCUCUUCUCUGCACUCUUUCUAGAGUCUCAACAUCUUUUUUAUAGUGUGGUGACCAAAACUGGAUGCAGGAUUCUAGGUGUGGUCUUACUAAGGCUUUAUAGAGUGUUAUUAGAAUGAAGUCAUUCUUCCCGUGGAUUUUAGACCCUUCUUCCUUUUCGGGCACUGUUUAAGAUUUUAGAAGCAAAGCAAGGAAGCCUCAAGCCGCUGACUCAGCUCUCUCCCCUCUCCCCUACUCUCUGGAAAGGUCAAUUGAUAAAUGAAGCUUGGAGUUUGCACAGCUCCCUGUGGUGUCUUUAGUUCUGGAAGGCUGGUGUCCUUCCUUGAUUGACCGGCACGAUGUGGUUUUAUGUGCCCCUGUCUGCCAAAAAACGAGAACUCAAUGCCAUCGUGAGCACAUCCGUUCGGCUUUUUUGCAAUUGUCUGAAGUUGCGGUUAGGCCUCGUGCUGUGCGCCUUCUUGGAAAAGGAAGAUCUGGGAUUUAAAUCCUGCUGUGAGAAAAGCUGCAUUUCUCCCUUAUUCUGCAAUAAAAGGGGUGUGUUCCACAACUUGUUGCUUGCUUGCUUUUUCUUUCUUUCCUUCCUUCCUUCCUUCCUUCCUUCCUUCCUUCCUUCCUUCCUUCCUUCUUGGUAUGCAACAAGACAAAUUCCUUGUGUGUCCAAUCACACUUGGCCAAUAAAGAAUUCUAUUCUAUCUAUUCUUUUCUAUUCCUUCCUUCCUUCCUUCCAUUUCUUUCUUUCUUUCCUUCUUUCCUUCCUUCCUUCCAUCCUUCUUUCCUUCCUUCUUUCUUUCUUUCCUUCCUUCCCUCCCUCCCUCCUUCAUUUCCUUCCUUCCUUCCUUCCUUCCUUCCUUCCUUCCUUCCUUCCUUCUUCACAACCCACCCAGAUCCUUCAGAAACUACAGGCUGUCCGUUUCGUAGUCUUCCAGCAAGGAGCCAUUCUGAUUUCUUGAUCCCAAUUAAAGGGUGCCUUUCUUAUUUCUCUUUUGUGCUAUGUUUGAUUUGGUUGCUUUUUAAAAAAAAAUUCAAGCUAGAAUUCAACAUUUCGAAGAAGCUGACCAGGGCAAGAUCCUUGCACUUAUAUAUAAAAAAAAAAGAUAAUCCAGAUAGGAAGCAUAUCCAGAUUAACUAAUUCUACUUCAUUCAUAACAGGUUACGUUAACAGAAUCUUGCCGGUCUGAAAAUACAUUUUCCCCUCCCUCUUCACCUUUGUUGUUGUUGUUAGUGUGAACUUGUGUCCGACCCAUUGCGAUCCCAUGGACAACUUUCCUCCAGGCCUUCCUGUCCUCUACCAUCCUCUGGAGUCCAUUGAAGCUCAGGCUGACUGCUUCAGUGACUCCAUCCGGCCACCUCGUUCUCUGCCAUUGUCCCCUUCUUCUUUUGCCCUCCGUCUUUCCCAGCAUUAGGCUCUUCUCCAGGGAGUCCUUCCUUCUCCUUAGGUGGCCAAAGUAUUUGAGUUUCCUCUUCAGGAUCUGGCCUUCUAAAGAGCAGUCAGGGUUGAUCUCCUCUAGGACUGACCGGUUGGAUCGCCUUGCAGUGCAAGGGACUCGCAGGAGUCUUCUCCAGCACCAGAGUUCAAAGGCCUCCAUUCUUUGGCCUUCUCAGCCUUCCGUAUGGUCCAACUUUCACAGCCAUCCAUUGCAACUGGGAAAACCAUCGCCUUGACUAUACACACUUUUGUUGGCAGGGUGAUGUGUCUGUUUUUUAGUAUGCUGUCUAGAUUUGCCAUAGCUUUCCUCCCCAGGAGCAAGCCUCUUUUAAUUUCUCGGCUGCAGUCCCCCUCUGCGGUGAUCCUGGAGCCCAAGAUCACCUUUACAAUCUAAAAAAACUAGGUCGGGUCCCUUCUAAGUCAUUUAUCAUAUCCCCGUUCUUGUUGUUUUUUUGGACUGGCUCAACUGCUGGUUAUUUGAUCAUUAUCUAUUCUGGGGCUCUUCUUCCUGGCUGUCCCCCAAGAUCAUUCCCGCAUGCCGUUGCACCAGGAGACUGUCUUGCAUGUGGAAAUCUAAAGACCCACAAACACACCUGAGUAGGAAAGUGCCGGCGCAAGAUUCAGCCUCCUGUGGGUUGCUUCUCCUGCGUUGAUGGAUUUCUCCGUGCUAGAGGGCAGCAAAGGUUGGGGAUUGUGACAGGCCUGUGCGACGUGACGAGAGCUAAAUCUGCUCAAAAUAUUUUGUGCGCGUACAGAACAGGACAGAACAACGAGAGUUGGGAAGGGACCUUGGAGGUCAUCUAGUCCAACCCCCUGCUCAGGCAGGAAAGUACUCGAGAAAUCCUGUGCUAGGGAUUCGAACCGCCGAACUGCCGACCUUUCUGAUCGACAAGCUCAGUGUCUUAGCCAGUUGAGCCACCUAGUCAGGCUAAGGCCUGGAUGGCUCCUUAGCGUUCCUUUUCCUAUGCCAUAUACUGUAAGUAGAAGCCACAAAAUAAUUAAGAACGGAUUCUUGAUCUGAUCCAGACAGACCCGGUUGGUUUCGGGUGAUUCAGGGACAGAUGCAAAAAUCGGUGCCUUUGGUUAAGGGGCGGAGAGAGAAAUCCCCUCUGCGGUGCCAAAUUUCAGUCGUGCAAUAGGUGGCCCUUAAACUGUAUUUAUUGUCUUGAUGUUUUUUUAAAAUAUGGCUGAUAGGGAAGAUCAUUCUGGUCCUUCUUUCUCCGUGGGAUCCAAAACCUCUGCAAAAAUAGUCCUUUUAUUUACAAUCGUUUGUUUUAGGGACCCACGGCACUAAAAAGUGUGACUUAUGACCAUUUUUCACACUUAGCUACCGUUGCUGAUAAAUCAGGAUCGCGUGAUUUACAUUUGGAAGCUUGGUAACUGGCUCAUACUUAUGACGGUUGUAGCAUUCCGGGCAGCAGUGAAAUCCAAUUUUUUUUACUACCGGUUCUGUGGGCGUGGCUUCGUGAGCAUGGUGGGGGUGGCAGGGGAAGGAUACUGCAAAAUCCCCAUUCCCACCCCACUCCAGGGGAAAGAUAUUGCAAAAUCCCCAUUUCCUCCCCACUCCUGGGGAAAGAUACUGCAAAAUCCCCGUUCAGUCCCCACUCCAGGGGAAGGAUACUGCAAAAUCCCCAUUCCCUCCCCACUCCAGGGGAAGGAUACUGCAAAAUCCCCAUUCCCUCCCCACUCCAGGGGAAGGAUACUGCAAAAUCUCCAUUCCCACCCCACUCCAGGGGAAAGAUACUGCAAAAUCCCCAUUCCCUCCCCACUCCAGGGGAAAGAUACUGCAAAAUCCCCAUUCCUGGGGGAAGGAUACUGCAAAAUCCCCGUUCUGUCCCCACUCCAGGGGAAGGAUACUGCAAAAUCCCCAUUCCCUCCCCACUUCAGGGGAAGAAUACUGCAAAAUCCCCAUUCCCUCCCCACUCCAGGGGAAGGAUAUUGCAAAAUCUCCAUUCCCACCCCACUCUGGGGCCAACCAGAGGUGGUAUUUGCCGGUUCUCCGAACUACUCAAAAUUUCCGCUACUGGUUCUCCAGAACCUGUCAGAACCUGCUGGAUUUCACCCCUGGUCACGGGGUCACGUGUUCCCCUUUUGCGACCUCCCGACAGACAACAUCAACAGGGAAGCCAGAUUCACUUAACAACCGUGUCUACCAUCUUAACAACUGCAGCGAUUCACUUACCAACAAGUGGGGCGAGAGAGGUCGUAAAAUGAGGCGAAAUUCAUUUAGCCACUGCCUCGCUUAGCAACAGAAGUUUUGCACUCCGUCGCGGUCGUAACUCGAGGACCGCCUGUAAUACAUGUGCAAGAAAAACAGAUUUGCUGAAUAUUUUUGGCUAGAGGAAAGUUUAAAGGAGGAACUGUUGCAUGUUAGCAUCGAACGGGGUGAAAAAAAAAACCCAGCCCAGUCUGGUUUAUUUGCUGUCCUCCCCCACCCCCCCAUCCCAAAGAAGCCAAGCAUAUUGGCUUAUUUAUUAUUUAUUUAUUACUUAUUGGUUCAAUUUAUAUGCCGCCCUUCUCCGGAGACUCAGGGCCGCUUACAAUGCUUUUAAGCAAUAGCCUUCAUUCUUUUGUAUAUACCUGCUUAGUAGGGCUUUCGUCCCCCCCCUAAGCGGUGUUCUUUUUUAUACAAAGUCAUCUUAUUGCCCCCACAAUCUGGGUCCUCAUUUUACCUACCUCGGAAGGAUGGAAGGCUGAGUCAACCUUGAGCCUGGUGAGAUUCGAACCUGCAGUAAAUGCAGGCAGCUGAUGUUACUUAACAGUGCUUUAGUCUGCUGCGCCACCAAGGCUUAUGUCCUCAUCAUGCUUUCUUAUAUUUCCCCCCCCUCCCCAAGUCUUAAAUUUAUCAGUAACAAAUCUCCCCUCCCCUCCCUUCGUUUGAUCUCUGUUGUUUCGGCUUCGCUGCCCUCUUCCCACCCUGUUCUUUUAUCGAUGGAUUUUUAUCCGGUUUAAAAAUAACCAGCUCUUUAGAACAGAGAAUAUAAGGGAAACCGCCACAAUGCCAACUAAUAGGAGUUCCAAGGGCGUGGACUGAGGUUAUCCGGUAGCUCAGAUUUAUUAGCCAGCUCCAUAGAGACAGGGGUUUAUUUACAGAUCUGUUGAGUGAGAGUGAACUCUUGUCCCCUUCCCCUUUCCCCAAUCCGCUCCAGGGAGUUGUAUCGGGUUUUUCCUUGUUCACAGAGAAGCUGUUCUAUUUAGUGCAGAGGAUAAGAAAAUUGUCUUGGCUUAGAAGGUUUUGUUGUGGGCCGCCAGCGGCCAGCGGAGCUGGUGGCAGACUCAGACAGUGAGGAGUUUGGGGAGGAACAUGGGCCAGUCCUGGAGUCUGGGGAAGGCUCUGAUGAGGGCUCUGCGUCGGAGGCAGAGAGAGGGCCAGGGCCGUCCGACAGUUAUCAGCUGCCUUCGGAGUCGGACAUCAGUGAGGCAGAGGAACAGCUGGAGCCUGUUCCCGAUGUGCGCAUGCGCAGAGUUGCCAGGAGAAGGGAACAGCUAAGGAACAAGGGUCAACUCAGGAGUAAAGCCACAGGUGGACAGUGAAUGGCUCCUCCCAUAGGGAAUAAAGAGGACCGAAAGAGGAGGGGAGUUUGCAGGAGACAAUUAGUUCAAUUCACGAGGGUGAAGAUCUGCUCCUGACUUCUUGCCAAGUAAUUGCUGCUGCUACAGCGUGGCGUUUGGAAGAUAUCGGCCUGGCAGCUCUCCACGCCCGAUAAAGGUCUGUAGUUGUGAAAUCUCCUGAAGGAUUUUGCUGGAGAGGAAUUUCCCUUUAACCUAAAUAAAAGAGGUUUUAUCCGAACGAGGAGUCUGCUUCAUGAUCUUGGGAGGCCUAGAUCAGAACAGGUUUUACUCUCUCUAGUUCAGGGGCGAAGAAUCAAACUUAUAUGCGUAGAGUAUAAACUAGCUACUUUAUUGCUCAACGCCUCUUUCACAGGAAUCUUCCGAGACCGGCAGACUAGAUAAGGUUCAGUGCAGGGGUGGGUUCUACUUAACUUUACUACCAGUUCGCAAUGGGAUCGUGUGCGCGAUCGGAAGCUUCUGUGCAUGCGCAGAUCGCUUCUGAUGACGUCAGGGUCAGUGGGCGGAGCUUCCCGCCAGUUUUACUACCGGUUCUAUAGAACCGGUCCGAGCCGGGGACAACCCACCACUGGUUCAGUGGUAUUCAAGGACCUCUUAUGCCUACAUAACAAUUCCAGACUAAUUCCCAGCUUGACUCCUCCCUCCUUGGCCCAGCCAGUCGCUCUCUGACAUCUAGCUCCCUCCCGUGUAUAUCAUAGAACCGACUAUUCAUCCAUCUCUCAUCGUAUGUAUGGCUAUCGUCUUCCUUUCGCUUUCCUGCUCAGAAAUAGGAACCCCAAUAUUAUUUUUAUGGCCUGGUUAAAAAUGUCAGAUCAAAAAAGGAGAUAAGUACAAAAGGCAGAGCAAAGUAGGCAACUUUUUCAGUGUGAAGGGGGGUUUUUUUAGUUAGAAAGGUGGUACGGUCAAGGACUAGAGAGAUAAUCCCCUACAUUUGUUUGGGAGUCUGCUAACUCUCACGAGGAACUGGAUUUCUGAUGCUUUAGGGUUUGCCGCUGAAUUUCAAGACCUGGCGUUCAUCCGAACUGGGCUCAUAAAAAAGCCUUUAGAAGCUGUGUGUCAACUUGCAAAGCUUUCAAGUUGCCAUGAGCAGGAGGGAGGGAGAACUGAAGUGAAUUCCAUACAUUCUUCCUGACCGCAAUCAGAAGGAGGGUGUUAGGUUUCACAGCCAGCCAAAGUGGUUAAUUGGAGAAUGUGAUUUAUGACAGAGAGGAGAGGAGAGACAGGGUCAUAGGGGAACGUAAAUCUACGUGGGACCAGUCCUAACUGCAUCCCAGUAUUGCCGGAAUGUUGCUCCUAAUAAAUGACUAUAUUUCCUUUGAAGUUUGGAUCAUGGCUCAUGAAUUAAUUAGGGCAUCUUUCGGAAACUUGACACUGUGAUUGUGACUCACCUUUGCAACGCCUUAAUCCAAGUGGGCUGCUAAGCAUUGUUUGCAAUAGUGGCGAAUAUCUGUAGCUCGGGUGUAGGAUGAGGGUGGAAGUUCGUUCUCCGAGCUCGUGGGUUGGUCUCUGAACCUUUUAUUCCCGGGCUAGGUAACAUCUUCAGCACUCCGCAAGCAAGUCCAUCGACGGACACAUUGGCUUGCAACCAGCCUAAGAACCCCUCAGAACCAGAGGUGGAAUUCAGCCGGUUCAGACUGGUAGCUCCGACGAUUAGCUGGCUCUGCCCCCCCCCCCACAUCCACCCUAUCCUGUCCUUUAUUUCCUGCUUUCUAACUCAUCUCAAUCGUGUGGCACAGCCUUCCCCCCCCCCUCCGCUGUUCUACUUACCGUUGCUGACUUGGAAGGUAAGGAGCUGAGCUUCUAAAUGCUCCAUUUUCAGCACGAAGUGCGCGCUCACCGAACCAACAGCAUCCCACCACUGCUCAGAACCCGAGUCAACAUCACGGUUAACCAGAGACAGCACCGACCCUCAACCGACCCAUGCAAUUCUCCCACCACCAUCACCAGCAGUUCACCUCCCAGUGACCCUGACUGACACAAGACCAGUCUAAUUUUUUUUUUUUUACUACUGGUUCUGUGAGCGUGGUGUGGCUUGGUGGGUGUGGCAGGGGAAGGAUACUGCAAAAUCCCCACUCCCUCCCCACUCCAGGGGAAGGUUACUGCAAAAUCUCCAUUCCCUCCCCACUCCAGGGGAAGGAUACUGCAAAAUCCCCAUUUCCUCCCAAUCUGCUGGGACUCGGGAGGCAGAGAAUAGAUGGGGGCGGGGCCAGUCAGAGGUGGCAUUUGCCGGUUUGCCGAACUACUCAAAAUUUCGGCUACCGGUUCUCCAGAACUGGUCAGCACCUGCCGAAUACCACCUCUGUCUCUUCACUCACAUAUAUCCUCCAAUGCUAAGAGUAUACCCAUUUGUGUGUGCAUACACAGAGAGAGAGAGACAGACAGACAGACAAACACACAGAGAUACACGGAUCCAUAGACUUAUUCUGAGCUCUAACUCAAGCUAUCAAGGGCAGAACAAUCCGAGAUGAUCCUUCCCUCAUUACCUUUUGAGUAGAGUGAAUACACACCCACACACAAACGGGGCGUGGAAUGACCGCCACACAAAUACAGAAACCACAAGGCGGAUUGUAUUCUAAUCCACACAUCCCAUAAGCUUUUACUCUUUUACCCUGCACCGCGCAUUCCUGUCUUAAUUCUCCGGUUGACUUAUUAACAGUCCUGGGGGGAAACCCCUUUAGAUCCCUUAAUUCUCUAAACACACACACACACACACACACAUACACACAAACACACAAAAUCUAAUGCGUUUGUGUUUCUGGCUUUUCGCCACUGCGCCUGCUUCUCUUCUCCCCUUUCCUGCCCACGCAGUGGCCUUUUAAAAUCCCCCCCGGCUUCCGAGCCAGUAGUAAAAAAAAAAGAAAGGAUUGGUGAACAUGCUCCCUUCGUACACAUACUUCUGUAUUGAAAAUUCUUUUCUUGUGGACCGCUUUCUCUUUUCUCUGAGAACUCGCGAAGGACACGAAGAUAAAAUGCGCGAGCCGUCGGCCUCUGCUUGGCUAGGCAACGGCAGGAAGUUUCGGGCAUAUCUAAGGAAAAUAUUGUCCUUGGCGUCACACACAUGCUACAGAUGGUAGGUUUUAGAAAUCAGGAAGUUCAACCGUUGCACCCAGGAGUAGGUUUCCCACAGGCUCGCUUCAGGCAGCCUCUGGCCUCACCUCCGUACCAAUCCUGGCACUCCAAGAUAAGCGCACUGAAAUUCAGUGGCAAAGGAAAUUCAAGUGGAGGGAUCUUUGCCUGUUUUUUGAAGUAGGGAUGGGAGGCCACUAGGUGAUUCUGAAUUGCAAUUCUUGGCAACCUGAAGCCAGAAGGACGCUGGGAGUUGCGAUUAGUUCUCCAGACUAAGAUCCCACUUAUAGGGCCAUACGCAGGUAGUCCUCACUCAGUGACAGUGACGAAGAGCUCUUGUCACUAAGUGAUGCGGUCGUACAGAGCUGCGUAAUGUGGUCGGGCUGACUCACAAUGGUAAUAGCGGCAGUUCCAGUUGGUGUCGUAAGGUUGCAGCGUCCCUUGGUCACAACGAUUGCCAUUUGCGACCUCCUGCGGGUUUCCCCAUUGCCUUCGCUUGCCCGAAGCCAGCAGCGAAAGUCACAAAAUGAUGGAUCGUUUGAUCCCAGGAUGACGGUCAUCAUUGCGAGCCAGUUUCCCAAAUCAUAAUCACGUGACCGCAGGGAUGGUGCAACAGCCACAACCCCACAGAUUAAGUCACAAUCUCCACUUGUUCAGCACCGUCACACCUUCAAACAGCCGCUGAACGCCUGGCUGUUUAAUGAGAAUCGCCUGUAACCUCAUCAAAGUCGGGAGAAAUUCUCAAGUCCUUUGUACGUAAGGAGCACCUUUGUAAAAGAAAAAAAAAUCACAUCUCUGUAUGUGAAUGUCACGUCUACACACAGUUCAAAUAGAGGGAGGGGGACAGUGUGGUUGUAUUGUUGUGUUCUCUGUGUCGGUCUUGACGUAAAGAAUGAGUCACAACAUAUUUAUUCCCAGGGGGAAAACUUUCACCCACCUCAAAAGCAAUAGGAGUGCUCCAAAGCAGAGCUGCAUUCCUACGAAACUCCACUUUUAAUUGCCAUUUAAUUCCUUUCACUGCAAAAUAAUCUCCCCCCCUCGCCCCCCCCAUGCUUUCUAUGAUUGAAAAGACGACAUCUGCCUGCAACGGAGCAAUUGAGGAGUUCGCGCAUUUUAUAUAAACCACCAAGUCCAUUUUAUAACAGUGAAUGUAGUAUCCGUUUUUUGUUCCCUAAUUCUGCGACUUUUUCUCUUUUUUUUCUCCUGGAUAAAAAAAAACAAGUGCCAUUUCACUCCACUAUAAGGUGAGUUGAGGGACGCGGUGGCUCAGCGGCUAAGACGCUGAGCUUGUCGAUCGAAAGGUUCGGCAGUUCGGCGGUUCGAAUCCCUAGUGCCGCGUAACGGGGGGAGCUCCCGUGACUUGUCCCAGCUUCUGCCAACCUAGCAGUUCGAAAGCAUGUAAAAAAAUGUAAGUAGAAAAAUAGGGGCCACCUUUAGUGGGAACAGCGUUCUGUGCGUCUUUGGCGUUGAGUCAUGCCGGCCACGUGACCACGGAGACGUCUUCGGACAGCGCUGGCUCUUCGGCUUUGAAACGGAGAUGAGCACCGCCCCCUAGAGUCGGGAACGACUAGCACGUAUGUGCGAGGGGAACCUUUACCUUUAUAAAAUGAGUUUGGGAAAUGAAAGCAGCAAAAGAGCAAGGCCAUUCGUCUUCCACCAAAUGGCCUCAAGAGUUUUAAUCAUUUAAGUGGAGAAAGGCCUUCGGUCACCUGUGACAUGAGCAGAAGUCUUGUCUAGUUACUAAACUAAAAAAAAAAAUGUCGUUAGAGCAGCAGCAGCUUCACGCUAUAAAAUGAGCCAAACAGGGAAUCCCACAAAGUAACAAUUACAAAAUAUUUUAAAAUGUGGAACGCCCCACUCUUUCGGAACCACCCCAGAGCAAGUCUCAGGAAAAAGCCGCAAUUAUUUGGGUUGGGGGUUUUUUUGCCAUUUAAAAAAAAAACAAAAACAGCCAGAAGAAUGUUAGUGAAAAAUUUAGUUCAUAACAGAAUAUCUCAAAGAAAUUUGCCGACAUUUUUUUUUUAAAAAAAAAGUUAAUUUAUUUCAAGUCAGUGACUACUAACUGUAUACAGGUCAUAAAACUUUCAGAAGGAAACAGAAUGAUAAAUGUUUAAUUCAACUACAUAUGCUAGUUUUGUGGCCGCUCAGGAAAUAGUCAGGCACGGGAAGGGUUUUGUGGCUCCCGGUGUUUUCUUUUCUGUGGGAAACGGGUCCAAAUGGCUCUUUGAGUGUGUAAGGUUACCGACCCCUGACAUAAACGGACCUAAUUUUUUAACUCGUUGUUAAGCAAAUCUCGUGGUCAUAAGCCUAAACCCACUCCCCCAAAUGGGCUUUUUUUUUUUUUGCUGGCUAUAAGUGAAGGACUAGCUGUAUGAAAUACGCAUAUAUCUGUUUUUAUAUCGUUUGUUGCCAAAUCCUCAUCAUUAGAAACAAGUGAGCAAGCAAAUCAUGGAUUCUCAGGCAAACAAAACAAAACUCAACAUUUAAAAAAAUAAAAAAUAAAAAUCUCCACCAAAACCGAACGGGGAAGGAGAAGGGGAAAAAAAAAAAAACACGGAGUAAAGCAAAACUGAAAACAUUGUUCUUCUUGCAGAUUGUAAAUUUGUACAGUACCAUUUAUAAAUUUUUCUACACAUGAGGGAAAGUAUUUAUAAUUUCUGCUGUUGGUUGGGAGUGCAAGUGGCAGGGGACUGCAAAAUAAAACGAAAUAAACAAAACACAAAUGGAGCGUUUUAAGAGUUUUCUCCCCCCCCCUUUUUUUUUCUUUCUUUCUUUCUUUUUUUUUUUUUUUGUUCCUUGUGCUUUUGGUGAGGUGUCUGUUGAGGUAAAAUUAUGUAUGAAUUAUUUAUGCCAAUAAAAAAUUUGAAAACGA